AUAGCGAAGGGAGCCUGUUUCCCUUUUACAGAAGCCAGGCCCUCCCAGAUUACCACUCCCCUCCAUAGAUUUGUAUCAUCACAGCAGAGGAGGGGCUAGAGAGAAAUGGGAGCCAGGCUUUAUACCAGGAAAAGGGGAGGGUGUCAGAAGGGAAAAGAGUAGAGAAGGACAGACAAAUAAAAACUCAGAGAGAGAAAGCAACAGAAAGGGAAUGAGUGAAAGAAAGUGAGAUAAUAGAGGGGAGGCAGACAAGCAAAGGAGGAAGCAGCAAAGAGUACAAGGUGAAGGGGGGGAAAGGAAAGAGAUCAUGGAGCGUCUUUUCCGGCUUUGGUCCCAGCUUGCAUCCUACUGGAGCAGUUUACUCACACUGGGCUUCUCCCUCACAGUCUUUGCUCUGCUAUUUGUUUUCAUAAAGCGCAGUAGAAGCUGGAGUCGCUACCCACCUGGGCCAACCUCUUUGCCAUUCCUUGGGACCAUCCUGCAGGUCAAUUUCUACAACCCUCACCUCUGCUUCAACCAGCUGAGUAAGAAGUUUGGGAAUGUUUUUAGUCUUCAGUACUUCUGGACUAACGUGGUGGUGUUGAACGGGUACGAGGCAGUGAAGGAUGCACUGGUCCAGAAAGCAGAGGACUUUGCUGACCGACCUUAUUUUCCUAGAUAUGAGCACCUAGGUUAUAACAAGCGCUGUGAAGGGUUAAUAAUCUCAAGGUACGGUCCUGCCUGGAGAGAACAAAGGAGAUUUGCACUCUCCACCUUGAAGAACUUUGGGAUGGGAAAGAAAUCUUUGGAGAACCAGAUUUCUCAAGAAGCUGGAUUUCUGUGCUCUGCAUUCAGCUCCAGCUCUGGUCUACCCUAUAAACAGCUUAUAAAGAAGGCAGUUUCCAAUGUGAUCUACUCUCUUACCUUUGGUGAACGCUUUGACUAUGAUGAUGAGAAAUUUCAGAGGCUUGUGGAAAUCUUUCAACAGGCCAUGAAGGAAGAGACUGGAUUCUUGCCCCAGCUCCUUAAUGAAGUGCCUUUUUUGCUACGCAUCCCUGGAGUGCCACAAAAGGUGUUUCAAUACCAAAGGGCCUCCGUGAGCUUAGUGGAUGAGAUUUUGAACAAGCACAAAGAGACCUGGGAGUCUACCCAUAUCAAAGACUUUACUGAUGCAUUUCUACAAGAGGUGGAGAAGACCAAGGAGGGUGUGGAGACCAGUUUCACUUAUGAAAACCUUUGUUUAGUAGCUGUUGACCUGUUUUCAGCUGGCACUGAGACCUCCACCACCACUCUGUGCUGGGCAGUGUUAUACAUGCUUCUCCACCCUGAGGUUCAGAGGAAAGUCCAUGAGGAAAUUGAUAAAGUGAUUGGCAGGGAUCGGUCACCCAACAUGCUGGACCAAGCAAACAUGCCUUACACCAAUGCUGUGAUCCAUGAAAUACAGCGUUAUGGGGAUAUUGUUCCCAUUGGACUGCCUCACAUGACAUACCGGGACACUGAGCUUCAAGGAUUCUUCAUUCCUAAGGAUACGGUCAUCAUCACCAACUUGUCCUCUGUGUUGAAGGAUGAAACCUUUUGGGAGAAGCCGCACCAGUUUUACCCAGAGCACUUCCUGGAUGCAGAUGGGCAGUUUGUGAAGCGAGAGGCCUUUCUGCCUUUCUCUGCAGGUCGCCGUAUGUGUCUGGGAGAGCAGCUGGCCAGGAUGGAGCUCUUCCUCUUCUUCACCAGCCUCCUGCAGUGUUUCACUUUCCAGGUCCCUGAGGACCAACCCAGGCCUCGAGAGGAUGGAUCUUUUGCCAUCACACAUUUCCCACAUCCCUACCAGAUCCAGGCUAUCCUAAGAUGAAUGCAGAUGUCUGCUGAGUUCUCCUCGGAUGCUUCAAGAGUGUUUAGUAUAUGCUUAAUACUUUGAGAACAUCUCUUCAGAGCUUAUUAACUGCAUUUGAGGAAUGCAGGGCUGAAACAGUUUCAAUGAUGGGCUAUGGGAUGUGAUUCUGUAAACAUGCUAUUUGUCUGUUAUCACCACAUAUGUUCCUGUCACAUUUACGUGCAUAAAACCAGGAUGAUUUCCCCCCUGAGACAAGGUUCGCUGUCACGUUUGCUAGUACACCUCACCUCUGCUUGUAUGUGCAGCAGAUCAGGACAUUUGUUAAGUAAAUGGACUGUCUUCUGCUGAUGCAAACUGACUUGGAGGUAGCUGUGCCAAUGCUUGCCACCAGUAUGGAAUUAACAGACAAGUAUGUCUUUGGUUCUUUCUCACCUGAAGAGAACACACUUGCAUGAUAUGGUCCCAACAUCACCCAUGUUUCCUGAAUAUAUGCAACAUGUAGGGCCUUGCUGCUGUUCUGAUUAGGUUCUGGCACUUUCAGAAACAUAGGGCAUGGGGUAGCCUAUAGUAGACCCUAAGCUGCUUAACAGCAAUACGUUAUAACAUUUGCUCGACCAGAGUUUGGGUAAGAGAGGAAGAGGCAAAGGAUAUAAAGGCUAGGGACGGACAUUCAAAAAGCCUGAGCCUGGAUUGAUUCAAUCUUUGCAGGUUAGUCUAACCUGGUAAGGCUAAAUCAGCUUGUAACCACACAGACAUCCCAGACAUGCAGACACAUGCCUGCAGUGGCUUAGGCUAGAAACCGGGUGGGCACUAGAGAAGCCCUCCCUUCUCCUCAACAAUACUGAGCUAUGGGAGAGGCGUGGCCCCAGCAGGAUGCUCUGAUUAGCCCAGGAGGGAAUUGAUAACAGUGUUUAUCACCCCUAACUCAGUGUUUAUUACCCCAUUAAGAAAACAACAGGGGGACAUUACCAACUAUCUGUUGUUUCUGCCUUUGUUCCAUCUGCCACCGCACGGACUGUAGCCAGCAUGUGGUCUGCUAGCUAAUACGCAGACACCUCUCAGAAAGGCAGAGGGGAGGGGGAAAUUCAAGGU